UUUGACUGUAAACAUCCUGUCCAUUUUAAAAGCGCAGCGGAGAGCGGGAGGAAGGCGACUGGCGCCAUCUUUACUGCUUUAAUGAGUACAACAGGGGGGAAUUCGCUGGGAGAAAUAACAUAAUUUGUGUGUUUUACUCACAAGUGGUGUACCGCCGGUGAACCUACGCCAUUGUGAGAGUGUGAGGCUGUGGUUCCGGGGCAAUGUUCUACGCCCACUUUGUCCUCAGCAAACGUGGGCCGCUAGCCAAAAUCUGGCUGGCGGCCCACUGGGACAAGAAGCUGACCAAGGCUCAUGUUUUCGAAUGUAACUUGGAGAGCAGUGUGGAGAGCAUCAUCUCGCCCAAGGUAAAGAUGGCGCUGCGUACAUCGGGUCAUCUGCUUCUUGGGGUGGUGAGAAUCUACCACAGGAAGGCCAAAUACCUUCUGGCUGAUUGUAAUGAAGCCUUUAUUAAAAUCAAAAUGGCUUUCAGACCAGGAGUGGUAGAUUUGCCAGAGGAAAACCGAGAGGCAGCCUACAAUGCCAUUACCUUACCCGAGGAGUUCCAUGACUUUGACCAGCCGCUUCCUGAUCUAGAUGAUAUUGAUGUGGCCCAGCAAUUUACCCUGAACCAGAGCAGAGUAGAGGAGAUCACCAUGAGAGAGGAUGUGGGAAAUCUCAGUCUCUUGCAAGACAAUGACUUUGCUGACUUUGGCAUGGACGAUAGGGAGAUGAUGCGUGAUGCCAGCACGUUUGAGGAGGAUAUAAUGCACGGCGCCGCAGCUUCUAACCUUUUGCUAGAGGCUGAGCCCGGUCCAGCGAAUCUGCCUGAUAAAUCCAACCACAUGGAGUAUGACGACUUUGGGGACGCCUCCAUGGGCAACAGUGAUGGAGGGAUGCUUGUGGAUAAGCUACUCAGCUCUGAAGAUGGAGGUGGUAUCUUUGACGACCCUCCGGCCAUCACUGAUAGCGUCAUGAUGCCUCCUGAUCACGGUGAUGAUGAGGACGACUUCGACAACCUCCAGUCACCGGGGCCUGACAGCCCAGACUCUGGCCCAGCUGAGCCACUGCCAGCAAUGGCUGACCAGACAGAGCAAACCACACUGGUCCACAAUGAAGAGGAAGCGUUUGCACUGGAGCCAAUCGAUAUCACUGUGAAAGAGACUAAGGCGAAGCGAAAGAGAAAGCUGAUUGUUGACAGCGUGAAGGAGUUGGACAGCAAAACCAUCAGGGCCCAGUUGUCCGACUACUCUGACAUUGUCACGACCCUUGACCUUGCCCCUCCCACUAAGAAGUUGAUGAUGUGGAAGGAGACCGGAGGAGUAGAGAAGCUCUUCUCUCUUCCUGCACAACCUCUCUGGAACGCCAGGCUGCUCAAGAUGUUCACACGCUGCCUGACACCGCUGGUGCCAGAUGAGCUGAGGAAGAGGAGGAAGGGAGGCGAAGCAGACAGUCUGGAUGAGUUCCUCAAAGAGCUGGAGAAUCCAGAGGUGCCGAGAGAGGAGGUCAUGGGUCAGCACAGAGAUGUCAUUGAUCAGACUAUCAUGGAGGAGCCCAGCAUGCUGGCGGCCUCUGCAAUGGAGGGCAGCAGGACAACACUGGAUGAGACGGUUAUGCCUCCUCCCUCCACUCCACGCGGUGUCAAACGCAAGACCCCUGACAAGGAGAGCACUCUGCCUAUGGCUGCAUUGGAGCAGCAGCAGCCGCAACAGGUGGCUGACCGCUCAGCCUUGUCUCAGAGGCUAGAUAUGCCUCAGGUAGACCUGCCCCCAGAAGAGACGAGCAUCAACCUCACCCAGCUUGUUCCUGAACUUGACCUGAUUGGAGAGAAGAGCAAGGACAAGAAGGAUGACAGCGACGAAGAGGAGGAUGAAGAAGGCCAAGGUGGAGACCAGGACCAAGAGGAGAAGAGAUGGAACAAGAGAACCCAGCAAAUGCUGCACGGUCUCCAGCGCGUCAUGGCCAAGACCGGAGCAGACUCGGUCAGCCUCCUUGACUUGUGCCGGAACAACAACAGGAAGCAGGCAGCUGCCAAGUUCUACAGUUUCCUGGUCCUCAAGAAGCAACAAGCUAUCGAGGUCACCCAGAAAGAGCCUUACAGCGACAUCAUCGCCACCGCUGGACCGCGAUUCGACCUUAUUUAGACAUUGGAAGAAAACAAACACUGCUUUUUUUCUUUUCUUUUUCCCAAAAUCCUCAACUGUUUGUAAUUUUUUCCGUCAGACUUUUUUUUUCCCCAGAGAGAGGUUUGGAUUGGUAGGGAAAGGUUUUUGAAACUUUUAAACUGUUUUUACUGUAUAUCAGGUGGAAUCAUGCAGUAUUCAUUUGCUUCAAAUUAAAAGAGGGAGAAUGUUUAACAGUUAUAUUUAUAUAGAAGCAUUUCUCAGUCACCAAUUUGUUUUUUGUUUUUUGGUAAAAUUUUCCAUUGCUCAAACCUAAAACUUAAAGUAACCCUCUGCCUGGAAAUAUUACAGCUUUUAGACAAAAAAGUCCUGUAUCUACGUGUACAUGUUAUGGAAAGGUACUGUUUUAUUACUCUGAAGUGUGACCUCUCCACCUGACCCUAGUUGCACUUGUCUUUUUCCAGAAACACAACACAAGUUAAAUCAGUGGAAAAUGUUGAAUCUUCCUUGCUGUCAGAUCUCAUGAUUCAGUUGUAUAAUUCAAUAAUUUCAUGUUUUUUUAUUUGUAUUUUUGCAUUUACGCUUGUUCACCUUUUUGCAUAAUGUAACUAGGUAAUGUACUUGUUACAGAUACGUACAGUGUCCCACCUUUUUAGUCUUUGGGUAAUCUCUAGUGAUACAUCUGUAAAGGUUGGAAAUAAAGUGUUUUAAGUACA